CCAACCUCUGUGCCCGCCCGAGAAGAGGCCAGCAUGCCCAAGAUAGCUCUGGAUGGUGUGACAGUGGAUUUCCCUUUCCAGCCAUACCCAUGCCAGGAGGAGUACAUGAGCAAGGUCCUGGAGUGUCUGCAGAAGAAAGUAAACGGCCUCCUGGAGAGCCCCACUGGCACGGGAAAGACCUUGUGCCUCCUCUGCACCACGCUGGCCUGGCGGGAGCACCUCCGCGACACCAUCUCUGCCCGCAAGAUUGCCGAGAGGGCCCAAGGGGAGCUUUUCCCCGAUCGCACCUUGUCAUCCUGGGGACUUGCCGCUUCAGAUGGAGACACCACCGCUUGCUACACGGACAUCCCGAAGAUCAUUUAUGCCUCCAGGACCCACUCACAGCUCACUCAGGUCAUCAGCGAGCUUCGGAACACCUCCUAUCGGCCUAGGGUAUGUGUGCUGGGCUCCCGGGAACAGCUGUGUAUUCACCCCGAGGUGAAGAAGCAGGAGAGUAACCAUAUGCAGAUUCAUUUGUGCCGAAAGAAGGUAGCAAGUCGUUCCUGUCAUUUCUACAACAAUGUAGAAGAGAAGAGCCUGCAGCAGGAGCUGGCUACCCCGAUCCUGGACAUCGAGGACCUGGUCAGAAGUGGGAAUAAGCACGGACUGUGCCCCUACUACCUUUCUCGGAACCUGAAGCAGCAGGCUGACAUCAUCUUCAUGCCUUACAACUACUUGUUGGACGCCAAGAGUCGCCGGGCACACGGCAUUGACCUGAAGGGGACAGUUGUGAUUUUCGACGAAGCUCACAAUGUGGAGAAGAUGUGCGAGGAGACGGCGUCCUUUGACCUGACUCCGCAUGACUUGGCUUCUGGACUGGAUGUCAUAGACCAGGUUCUGGAGGAGCAGACCAAGGCAGCACAGCAGGACGGGCUCCACGUGGAGUUCAGUGCAGACUCUGCCAACUCAGGGCUGCACAUGGAGCUGGAAGACAUCGCAAAGCUCAAGAUGAUCCUGCUUCGCCUGGAGGGGGCCAUCGAUGCUGUUGAGCUGCCUGGGGACCACAGCGGUGUCACCAAGCCAGGGAGCUACAUCUUCGAGCUGUUUGCUGAGGCCCAGAUAACGUUUCAGACCAAAGGCUGCAUCCUCGACUCCCUGGACCAGAUCAUCCAGCACCUGGCAGGACGUACGGGGCUGUUCACCAACACAGCGGGCUUGCAGAAGCUCUCGGACAUCAUCCAGAUUGUGUUCAGUGCAGACCCUGCUGAGGGCACGCCCAGUUCCACCGUGGGGCUUGGGGUCUCUCAGUCCUACAAGGUCCAUAUCCACCCUGAUGCCGGUCACCAGAGGAAGGCUCAGCGGUCAGAUGCCUGGAACACCACGGCAGCCAGAAAGCAAGGGAAGGUACUGAGCUACUGGUGCUUCAGUCCCGGCCACAGCAUGCGAGAGCUGGUCCGCCAGGGCGUCCGCACCGUCAUCCUCACCAGCGGCACACUGGCUCCCGUGUCCUCCUUUGCCCUGGAGAUGCAGAUCCCUUUCCCCGUCUGCCUAGAGAACCCGCACGUCAUCGACAAACAGCAGAUCUGGGUGGGGAUUGUCCCCAAAGGCCCCGAUGGAGCCCAGCUGAGCUCUGCCUUUGACAAACGGUUUUCUGAUGCAUGCUUGUCCUCCCUGGGUAAGGCGCUAGGCAACAUCGCCCGCGUGGUCCCCCAUGGGCUCCUGGUCUUCUUCCCUUCCUACCCCGUCAUGGAGAAGAGCCUGGAGUUCUGGCGGGCCCAUGACUUCGCCAGGAAGCUGGAGGCCCUGAAGCCUGUGUUCGUGGAGCCGAGGAGCAAAGGUGGCUUCUCAGAGGUGGUGGACGCCUACUGUACGCGAGUCGCCUCCCCUGGGUCUAGCGGGGCCUCUUUCCUGGCCGUGUGCCGGGGAAAGGCCAGCGAGGGCCUGGACUUCGCGGACAUGAACGGCCGAGGUGUGAUUGUCACGGGCCUGCCGUACCCUCCACGGAUGGACCCGCGGGUUGUCCUCAAGAUGCAGUUCCUGGACGAGUUGAAGGGCCGUGGUGGGCCUGGAGGCCAGCUCCUCUCUGGGCACGAGUGGUACCGGCAGCAGGCAUCCAGGGCCGUGAACCAGGCCAUCGGACGGGUGAUCCGGCAUCGCCAGGACUACGGGGCUGUCUUCUUGUGUGACCACAGGUUCACCCAUGCAGACGCCAGAGCCCAGCUGCCUUCCUGGGUGCGCCCCCACGUCAAGGUGUAUGACAGCUUUGGCCCCGUCAUUCGGGAUGUGGCCCAGUUCUUCCGUGUUGCUCAGAAAACUAUGCCCGUGCUGGCCCCCCUGGCUGCUGCCCCGAGUCGGGCUGAGGGAGGAGGUGCUGUCAUGGUGGCUGUGUCGCCUGGCCCCCUCUCCACCAGGAAAGCCAGGAGUCCGGACGUGCACGUCCCCAGCCUGAGGCGCAGACCCUCAGGAUCGCCAGCCACCAGGAACGCCGAGAGCAGCCUGUGUGUGGAGUAUGGGCAGGAGUCGGGCCUCACCCGGCGGAGGCCUGUGGGACUGCUGGCCGCCCUCGAGCACAGCGAGCAGCUGGCCGGGGAACCUGGGGACAAGGCCUCCCCUGGGGAGGAGGAGGAGGCACAAGGUCUCUCCACCGUGUCCCUCCCACGUGAGAAGAGGCGUGCCCAGGAGCAGAGAGCAGGGCGGAGGAAGAUCAGGGUAGUCGGUGGCCACCAGGAGGGGCCGGCCGCCGGUACGCAGGCGGGCAGGGCCAAGCUGUUCAUGGUGGCCGUGAAGCAGGCGCUGAGCCAGGCCAGCUUCGACACCUUCACCAGGGCCCUGCAGGACUACAAGGGCUCCGACGACGUGGAGGCUUUGCUGGCCUGCCUCGGCCCCCUCUUUGCUGAGGACCCCAAGAAGCACAGCCUGCUCCAAGGCUUCUACCAGUUUGUGCGGCCACACCACAAGCUGCGAUUUGAGGAGGCCUGCCUCCAGCGGACGGGCCGCGGCUGCGGCUCCCGGCCCGAGCACAGCCUUCCUCAGAGGCAGUGGGCACCGGCGGCCCAGGCCCCCAGCGGAGGGAAGGAGUGGGACUCAAAGCUGACCCUGUCCCAGGGUGCAGCCAGGCAGCUGGACCCCGGACAGCACCUGAACCAAGGCAGACCCCACCUGGUCUCCGGGCCAGCCCCUGCAGGAGACCCUGGCAGCUGUCCCAAGGAGGGGUGUAGAGCCCCCAGCGCAGAGAAGCAAGGCCAGCCUGCCGUGAGCGCCUACUUGGCGGAUGUCCGAAAGGCCCUGGGGUCCGCAGGCUGCAGCCAGCUCCUGGCGGCACUGACCACCUACAAACAGGACGAUGACUUCGAGAGGGUGGUGGCCGUGGUGGCCGCACUCACAACCUCAAGGCCUGAGGACCUGCCCCUAUUGCAGAGGUUUGGCAUGUUCUUGCGACCCCACCACAAGCAGCGUUUCCGGCAGACGUGCAUAGACCUGAUGGGCCCGGCUGCCCGGAGCGCAGGUACUGGGCCUCCAGGCCCCCAGGAGGGGAGCCCCACUGUGCCCCCUGACCUCGCCCACGGUGCUUCCAGGCCAGGGCCCCCCCAGCAAGAGACACCCCGGAGGGCCCAGAGCAAGCUGUCGGCCUUCCUUGCUCAGAGGCAGGCUGGGGAUGGCGGGGCUCCCAGCCAGCACCCCCGCGCCGCCCGCAGGCACGCCCCGUCCGAGUGGGGUCUCUCGAGAGGGGCCAGGGGCAGUGGUGGCCGCGGGGCGGACGAGCUGCAGCGUGCUCACGGUGGCCCCCUCCCAGCAGGCUUGGCGUGCCCUGGCUGCAGGGCGGAGGACACGGUCCCCUUCCAGUGCCCCUCCUGCGACUUGCAGCGCUGCCGGGCCUGCUGGCGCCAGCUCCUGCAGGCUUCUAGAACAUGCCCGGCCUGCCACGCCCCCGCCAGGAAGCAGAGCAUCACGCAGGUCUUCUGGCCAGAGCCCCAUGAGAGCCAUGUGGACACUGGAGAGGCGGGGCGCAGCGCCCCAGACCCGGCCGAGCGCGCUGCCCACCCUGCUGCUGGCCCUGGCGGCGGGCGCGGCGGGCGCGGGGGGCGCGGGGGCGGGCGCGGCCGGCGCGCUCACCUACCCGUGGCGGGACGCGGAGACGCGGGAGUGGCUGCUGUGCAGCCAGUGCCCCCCAGGCACCUUCGUGCGGCGGCCCUGCGGCCGGGACACCCCCACCAUGUGCGGGGCGUGCCCUCCACGUCACUACACCCAGUUCUGGAACUACCUGGAGCGCUGUCGCUACUGCAACGUCAUCUGCGGGGAGCGCGAGGAGGAGGCGCGGCCCUGCGAGGCCACCCACAACCGCGCCUGCCGCUGCCGCCCCGGCUUCUUCGCGCACGCCGGCUUCUGCCUGGAGCACGCCCCUUGCCCGCCCGGCACCGGCGUGGCCGUCCCCGGUGGGCCGGGGGUCGCGGUGGGCGGCGGGGCCGGUGGCUAGGGCCUGGGACGUCGGCCGCCGCCGGGGACAGCACCCCAGCUCCCCCUGACCCCUUCCUCCCCGUGUCGUCCCCAGGCACCCCCAGCCGGAACACGCAGUGCCAGCCGUGUCCCCCCGGCACCUUCUCGGCCAGCAGCUCCAGCUCCGAGCAGUGCCAGGCCCACCGCAACUGCACGGCCCUGGGCCUGGUCCUCAACGUGCCGGGCUCCUCCUCCCACGAUGCCCUGUGCACGAGCUGCACGGGCUUCCCGCUCAGCACCGCGGCGCCAGGGGAGCCAGGGGCUGAGGAGUGCGAGCGCGCCGUCAUUGACUUCGUGGCUUUCCAGGACAUAUCCUCCAAGAGGCUCCUGCGGCUGUGGCAGGCCUUGGCGGGCCCAGAGGCCCAAGGUCUGGUGGCGCCGAGGGAGGGCCGCGCGGACCUGCAGCGCAAGCUGCGGCAGCUGCUUGCGGAGCUCCAGGGCGCACAGGCUGGGGCGCUGGGGGCGCGGCUGCUGGGGGCGCUGCGGGAGGCCAGGCUGCCUGGGCUGGAGCGCAGUGUCCGCACACGCUUCUGGGUGCACUGAGCGCCCUGCCCCCCGUUUAUUCUGCUCCCAAGCUUUGGCCCCACAUGGGCGUCACCCCCAUAGCACCAAAGUAACCUCAACUGACCGACUAGGCUCCUGUUGCACUAACAAAGUUUAUUUUUUAUAAAGCCGUUUUGUAAAAUGG